AUGGAUUGUAUUAAUUUUGAAGAUGGAGGAGCAGUGUUUGCAUUAGGAACAGUAUCAGGCAAAGUGUAUUUGAGAUUGGAUUGGGAAGAAUCACCUAGAUGGUAUGAUUGCAAACAUUAAGUGAAUGAUUUGAAAUUUUCAUCAGAUACUUCUUGUUUAGUCUGUGCAGUUUAGGAUGCAUUUGUUUAUGUGUUCUUUUUGAACAACACAUCAUAUUUUUAGACUGCUCCAAAGAAGAUCCAUUUUGAAGGGGAGUUUCCAAUAUGUUUGGAUUUCGUGGAUGAUUGCAAAGCAUUUAUUGUUGGUACUACAAUGAAGAAUCAAUACAAGAUAGAAUUGCCUGAUUUGAAAUCCAAAAAUUUGUUAUAGGAAAAUGAGAAAUUGAAUUCAACCACUUGGGUUAUACGAUAUCCUCUGAGUUCAAGUAGUAAUCAGAAUUCAAAGAAGGAACAAUAUUCUUUGGCUGCAGGAGAGGGUGGAUAUGUGUACUUUUGGAGAGAUCGAGAAUAAUUGGAAACUAAUUGUGGUGGAUUCUUGAGAGGACAUGCUAGCAAUGUGAGUAGAUUACAAAUGACCAAAUCAUAGGAUGUAUUUUACACGGUUGGAACCAAUGAUAACACAUUGAUUGAAUGGAAGAUAGAUUUUAUCAAUGAUCUGGCUGAUUUCUCUAAGCCAUUCUAGUAGGAUGAUAAGUUACAAAUCAACAAACCUGGACUCAAUAAUUUCUCCAUGGCUUCCAAUAAGUAGGAUUUCAAUUAAACCAUCGAUGAAAUCUUCAAAAGAGAAAAAGAUUAUUGCUUUUUCCUCAACAAUAUAUCUGACAAAUUCAGAGACAAUUUUGUUCAAUUCAGAGCCACCAAUCAAAAGAUGUUAAAUGGAUUACUCCACAAGAACUGA